CCGUACGGCGGCAGCAGGACUGUAGCGCGAAUAACGCUGACUGGCAAUUGAGCCGAAGGGGGGCCUCGUAUAAAAACGGUCUCGAUUUCGAAGCUGUCACUAUCGAACAGUCAUUCAACCGACUAAGUAGCCAUGGCUUUCAAACUCAUCGCCCUCGCCGCCCUCGUGGCCGCCGCCAACGCCGGAGUCAUCGCUCCCGCCCCUGUGGCUUACCACGCGGCCCCCGCCUACGGCUACGCCGCCCCCAUCGCCAAGGCCGUCGUCAAGACCGUCGACGCUGACUACGACCCCAACCCCCAGUACAGCUACUCCUACGACGUCCACGACACCCUGACCGGAGACGUCAAGAGCCAGGAGGAAACCCGCAACGGAGACGCCGUACAGGGUAGCUACUCCUUGAUCGAGGCUGACGGCACCCGUCGCGUCGUUCACUACACCGCUGAUCCCCACAACGGAUUCAACGCCGUCGUCGAGAAGGAACCAGCGGGCCACGGACCCGUCGUCGCUAAAUACGCCGCCCCCGCCUACCCCAAAUACGCCCCCGCCGUCAAGGUCGCCGCCCCCGUAGCUCACGCUUACGCCGCCCCCGUCGCUCACGGUUACGCCGCCCCCGUAGCUCACGCUUACGCCGCCCCCGUCGCUCACGGUUACGCCGCCCCUGCUGCCCACGUCAGCUACUCUGCCCCCAGCUACGGAUACCAACACUAACUCAACCCGUUAUGACGAUAGCUAUUUAUUCUAAAUAUAUGAAAUAAUUUAAACCGUA